AUGGAGCCGGCCAGCGGGAGUGUGAAGAAGUUGGACAAGACGGCCCUGGAGGGGCUCGAUGCCCGCACCGAGAGCACGAAAGUGCCGGAAGAUGUUCUGAUGGAGGAGCCAGACCCUCCGUCCGACAACGAGACCAUGAGCACCGCAAAGCGGUCCAACAGCAAGCCGGAACAUGGAAGAGGCCCUCUGCGUGAGGCGAAACAGGCCAAGAAAGCUUUGAUCCACAAGGGGGUCAUCUCGAAGGAGGAAGCAGACAAGCUGCCCGUCGAGGAGAUUUUGGAGAUGGUGAAGAAGUACCGCAAGGGCAGCGGCAACCUGACGGAGGCUGUCUUGGAGCAGCUCGCGGAGAAGAAAUUGUUUGGAGAGUUUCAAGAGAGCCCGGGCAUGAACAUGCCAACGAUCACGGACGAGCAGGUGGAGGAGGCGGACAAGGAACUCACUUCCUUGUUCCUGUACCAGAAGUGUCCCUUUUGCGACAGGUUUGUGGACGAGUGGCACUUGAAGAAUAAGGACCACAAGAGUUACAUGAGGGAGCACCUCAGGUCGUCGUACCUCCUCACGGACCCAACUGCGAUGACGGCCACCGAGGUGAGGGAGUCCUUCGAGUUCGGCGAUUCGGCGGGGGAUUGCACCUACUGGGGCGAUGUGGAGAAGCUUCCGUCCUUGGUGCGGAGCAUCCAUGCCACCAAGGCGAUGCAAAUCAAAUACGGCACGUCCAAGACCGCGAAAACGCACCUCCUGACAAAGGAGCAGGUGGCCAAGUACCAUCUGGCCUGGGUGAGCUAUGCUCCGACGUCCGGCAAGUACACAAAUGCCUCGUACUCCAAGGACCACCU